GUGAAAAAGUAUAAUUGUUAGCCUAUAUCUGAAUGAAUCAGUUACGAAAAGAAAUGCGUCAAGUUUAAAAUAAAUAUUGUCUCAGUAUAGCAAACGGAUAUUUGCACUGAAUUACAUUUCACCAACUCGUUUCUAUAUAAGCAUCAGUGUCAGUUUCUACGAGACGCUGUAGUUCCCUCUGGCGUCACAAGUUAAAGUGCACUGCCCUGUCCUGCUGAUCGCAUCUCGUCGGCCAGCGUGUGGAGGGCCUCCUCUGCCUGGCCUGGCCUGGGGCGUCACUCGGAGAUGAAGAGGGGCCGGCCCCACCAGCCUGAGGAUCGCACCGUGAAGAAACUCUUGGCUCCUCCCCUAGCCCCUCCCCCCCGCUCUGCCAGCCCUUGCGGCUGCUGUGAUGCACGUUAUGAAUAGCAUGUCGCUGGUCAACGAGAGGGAGGGCUGCGGGGGCAAGCACCUCCUCGCCGACUCGACGGCUCCGCCCCCUGUUUCGACCGUCCCUGGCGACAGCCCCACCCCCGAGCGUCCCCCGCCGCCGCCUCCGAGCGCCCCCCCGCCCCCGCCGCCCCCUCCCCCGGGCAUGGGGAACCCCGUCCACGGCCCCCGGAAGAAGAGGAGGGUCCGCAGCUUCUUCUGGAAGACCAUCCCGGAGGAGAAGGUGAGGGGGAAGCCCAACAUCUGGACCAUGGCCGUGCGGCAGCAGCAGUACCAGAUCGACGUGCGCACCGUGGAGGAGCUCUUCGGGCAGCAGGAGGAGGCGCGCUCGGCGACCCCCACAGGCGGCAGAGCGUCCAGCGGCAGCCUGACCGGGAGAGGGUCCAACAAGGAAACCAGGGAAGAGAUCAGCAUCCUGGACUCCAAGAGAGGGAUGAACGUGGGAAUCUUCCUCAAGCAGUUCAAAAAGUCGAACCAGUCCAUCACCGAGGACAUCCGCUCUGGCAACAGCACGCCGUACGGCUCCGGACCGCUCAGAGAGCUGCUGAGGCUCCUGCCCGAAUCUGAGGAGCUGAAGAAACUGCGAGCAUUCAAGGGCAAUGCCAACAAACUGACUCUUGUGGACUCCUUCAUGUACCUUCUGAUCCAGGUCCCCAGUUUUGAGGUUCGUAUUGAAGCCAUGGUGCUGAAAGAGGAGUUCUCUCCUUCCUGUUCCGUCAUGAGCAAUGAGAUUGAUGUCAUCCGCAAUGCAACUAAAGAGCUAAUGACCUGUGAGGAGCUACACGCCGUCUUGCACUUGGUCCUGCAGGCUGGAAACAUUAUGAACUCAGGUGGCUAUGCAGGCAACGCCGUGGGCUUCAAGCUGUCAUCUCUCCUCUCUUUGGCUGACACCAAGGCCAACAAGCCUGGGAUGAACCUCCUCCACUUUGUGGCCUUGGAGGCACAGAAGAAGGAUGAGAGUCUGCUGAAAUUUCCUGAGAAGCUGCCGCAUGUGCAGAGCGCAGUCCGGAUAUCGGUGGAGAACAUCGAAACGGAGUUCCAGUCACUGUACGUGCGGACGAAGGCGCUGGAGGAGAAGAUUCAGAGGGACUCUGAGCUGCAGGUGCAGCUGGAGCAGUUCCUGCAGAGCGCCAUACGGAUGCUGCAGGACCUGAAGAAGCGCAGGCUGGAUCUGCGCAGCGAGGGAAACGCCCUCAUCGACUUCUUAUGCGAGGAUAAAGACGCCUUUAAGCUGGACGACUGCUUCCGGAUAUUCCAGGACUUCUGCCUCAAGUUCAAAAAGGCUGUGAAGGAUAACACGGAGCGUAAGCUGAAGGAGGCGGCGAGGCAGCGCCGCCUGCUGGAGCUGGAGGAGAAGCGCUGCGCGUGGAGCCGGGAGCAGGGUGGCGGCGGCGGCUUCGGGCGGAGCAGCAGCGAGAACGACGUGGAGACGCUGAACCGGGAGGGGCUGCUGGACUUCCUGCAGCAGCGCACGCUCAGCCCCCACCGCCCGCUGAGCCGCUCCGCGAGCGCCCGCCGCCCCCGCAGCACCUCCUCCGCCACCGCCGCCGACCGCCAGCUGCAGAGCUACCUGGAGCUGUUCGGCGCCGACGACUCCGCCCGCUUCAGCAGCCUGCCCCGCUCCGGCCGCCCCCACCACCGCAGGACCGCCGCCUGGCUGCUGUCCCAGGACGACAACCGCGAGCUGGGCCCCAAGGCCCCGCUGUCCUGCGGGAGGCAGGUGACCUCGCCCGGGUCCUACACCGACCCCAUCAGCCCCCUGGCCCGACCCUCGGACUACUUCGGCAACAACAACAACGACGAAGAAGAGGAGGACGAGGACCCGCGCGUCAACGAUAACGAGCUGACCACGGUGUCGGAGGGCGGCCUCGCGUUCAGGGCCGGCCGUUACCGGCACGCGUUCCGGAGGGGGGCGGGGACGGGCGUCGGCCAAAUGAACGUCAGCGUGGAACGCUGCGCCCUCGUAUCCGGGCUGCAGACUUUCGACCACCUCACGACCGUCAACAACAACGACGACGACGACUCGCUCUUGGCCGACCCGGGCAUCGUCGUGGUUACAGAUCUGGAGAGGGACAGGGAUCCUCCAAAGACGCUGGUUUUGGACACCCCCCCGCCCAGCGGGAGUUCUGGGAGGGGGCGGGACCCGAGGUCUGCCUGGGAUUACAGAAUGAGCUCCCCUCAGAAGGAGGAGGAGGAGGACACCAGCACGGUCUCCUCGACGACCUGUGACACGCCCCUCCCCUUGGAUACGCCCGUCUCCAACAGGAAGCCCAUUUUCUACAUCAUGGAUUUUACAGAGACUGACUGCUCCGUGACCCUUGACCUCUCUGAAAUUGACAACUCUCCCAACAGGAGGGAAGGUGUCGAGAGCCACAUGACGCUGGAAGCCAAUGGUCGGAGUAACCAAAAUGACCCUGGUUCUCUUUCUUACAACUUGGAAUCCGGGUCCGCCAGCGAGACUUCCGCGUCACAGUCAGAGUCCACCAAUGAGCCGCCUGAGUCGAAAUCCACAUUCACUGAUGAGCAGCCAGACUCUGCCAGCCAUGUGGCGGUGUGCGUCUGUCCGUCAUCGGCUGAUGCAGAGGAGGCUGCCUCGGACAGCUGCGACGCCCCGGAGGACAAACCGGAAGCGGCCCCCGCCGACGGCCCCCGACCCGCGCAUGCGAAAACCAAGAUGGCGUCGAAGAACCCCGCGGCGGGCCGGACCGUCGCCGCCGCCGGCCGCCCUCCCCGGCAGCGGGCCUCCGCGGAGAACCAGAGCAUGCGCAAGGUGGUCCCGCUGGCCAAGCUGAGCCGGCCCGGGAGCGGCGCCAGGCGGGUCGACAGGCCGCCCGCUUUCGAGAGCGCCGAGCCCAGGCGCCCGCUGCGGGACCAGAGCGCCCCCGCCAGGAGGGGGGAGAGGACGGCCCGCGCCGCCCGCCACUCCAGCCUCCCCCCGGAGGAGUGCAAGGCCCAGAGGCUGAGCGCUGGCGGAGGCGGUUGUUGUGGAGGCGGCGGCGGCGGCGGUGUCUCCCGUUGGGCACGGGACCAAACCCCGCGCAAACCGUCCGUCUGGAAGCCCAGUGCCAAGCCCCUGAGGAACGUCCCCAAGGCCCCCCCGGAGGAGAAGAUGUGUCGCUCCACCCUGAGGGCUCUGGCGCAGGCGGAGGCGGCGGCGGCCUCUGAGGGCGGAGCCCCGCUGACCCCCACCCACAGCGCCCUGCCCAGCUUCGCCCGCAACACCGUGGCCUCCACCUCCAGGACCAAGAAAGACCCGGUCGCCGCCCCCUCCACCGACUCCACCCCCUCCACCCCGUCCAAAAGCUCCUCCCUGGGCAGGACCGGCUCCCUGAGGCACGCGGUGAGCAGGGCGCCCCCCGCUGGUGAGCAGCACGUGGCCCAGGGUGCGGAGAAGCUUCCGGGCUCGCUGCGGAGGGUGCAGAGCGUGCGCACCUCCGGCCGCAGUGGGCAGCGCGCCGAAACCCCGCCCCCCGGGAAGGAACGUUCCAGAAAGAGCAGCACCUUCUCCGAGAAGUCGGUGCAGUCUAAAGACUCUAAAGACUGCUCCAGCAAAACCCUUAAGCCCACGUGGAAGUGAAAUGGGGUGGGUGGGGGGGUGGGUGGUGUUGUGCGGAGUACAAACAACGAUAGGACUAUUUGAAAGAAAAAGCCCUGAAUGAAAAUGUUAUUAAUUUAAUAAAAUAUAGACUUGUAUUUUUGUUUAUAAUUUUCGGCUUCUAGUCAUGUUGUAUAGUUACAAACCGAAUCAUGGCCUUUCAGAGAGAUGACUUAUCAAGCUUCCGGUGGUGAUGUUCUUGAACAGCUAGCUUCUGACUGACUCCUGAGGAGUACAUCUUAUUCAUGUCAAGAAUUUUCUUUUUAAUUUAGGUAAUUAAAAGCAACACAUGCAUUCACCAGGCCUGGGAUAUUGGCAGUAUCAUGGAAAAAAACUUUGCAACUUAUCACACAUUUAAUGUUGUCAUCCCUCUCUAGUUUCAUAGCUCAAUGACUAAUAAAUUUGGUUCAAAAUGCCACAAAAUCAAAGCAUAAUGUAUGUUUUUUUUAGAUACAAGGUUUUUGCCUGACACUGGUAAUAUGCUUUUGUGAAGAAGUACAAUAUUUUAAAAAAUUAAAUGCAUCUCAAAAAGUAACUGUAAUAAAAAAAAAUCAAUGCCAUUUGUAAUUAACUGAAAACAUUGAGUGUAACCCACGGUUAUAUAAAGAAAGCCCUUGACAGUAAUGCCAGAAUGUAGCAGUUUUGAAAAGAUGGUAUUUACAAAUAUGAAUUACUGAUUGUAUUUUGCUCCUAUCCAGUGCACACUACCAUGUGAAAAUAAUGUAUAUUAAUAUGUUUUCAUAAAUCCCCAGUGUCUUUUCAUGUUUUUCCCAGGAAGACUAUGGACAAACGGCAAGUCCGCCUCCAGAGGGGGCGGGGCUUAUCUGCCCGCGUUGUUGUCUUGUAUGUGACGUCCAAUACGUAACAGGUGAUGAUGUGUAAAAUAGUAACCGCUGAAUGUGCUGUACCGCUGCAGAUCAGCUGACCGUUCAGGUGAGGCGGGGGUGAUGGGGGGGGCGCAGGAGCUGCGUGUAGGCCGCCUUGCUGCCCUCUGCGUUCGGGCUUACGGACCGGUCCCCUGCAGCUCCCUCCCCCACCCCCCACUGACGUCGGUCACAGAGUCUCACUCUGCUUCUCACCUUGUGUGUGUGUCAGUGUUUUGUGUAUCUACCUGUACUGUCUCUCUGGUAACGUAUCGAUUCUAGUACAGAAAAAAGACCACUGAGCGCCAUGCAAGAAAUAUUUUUGGCUCCCUGCUAUAAAUUGAAGCUUGUUCUACCAAUUGAAUGGUUGUAUUUUUUUUUUUUUUUUGUGUGGGGGCAUUGAAACAUGCUUCCCUAUGUUACUUGCCUACGAAUAAAUGGUUCUCAUUAA